AUGGACAACACCAGCUUUGAAGACGACGCCAACGUCACCCUUGAGAUGGGUCCCCAGUCCUGUGCCAUGUUGAGGAACGAGGCGUUCCGCAUCGUCCUCUAUGGUUUCUUCUUCGUCGCCAUCGUGUGCACGGUGGUGGGCAACUUCCUGGUAGUCCUAUCAGUGGCCUACUUCAAGCGACUGCAAUCGCCCACUAACUCCUUCGUCAUGUCCCUGGCCAUGGCCGACUGCCUGGUGGGCCUGGUGGUGAUGCCGUACAGUAUGAUCCGGACCGUGGAAGGUUGUUGGUACUUCGGAGUCCUCUUUUGUCGGCUUCACUCCAGUCUGGACGUCAUGCUCUGCACCGCCUCCAUCUUCCAUCUGAGUUGCAUCGCCUUUGAUCGCUACUACGCCGUUUGCAACCCGCUGGUUUACUCAUUGAUGAUGUCCCGGAAUCGAGUGGCUUUCCUCAUCGUCACAUGUUGGGCCGUUCCCCUGCUCAUCUCCUUUGGACCCAUCAUGCUCGGCCUCCACGCCGUCGGUGUGGACCUGGUUCUACCCCAAGAUGUAUGCGUCUUGAUAGUCAAUCGCGUCUACGCUAUAAUGGCGUCCUUGAUCGCCUUCUACUUGCCCAUGGCUAUCAUGUUGGUAGCCUACUGGAAGAUAUUCAAAGCGGCCAAACGGCAGGCCAAGCAGAUCAGCGCCAUGGAAAGCCAGAUGGCCGCCGGUGUUGGCAAGGACUCCAGCAAGAAGAAGAAGCAUCGCAACACGAUGAAGAGGGAGCGGAAGGCAGCUAAGACUUUGGGGAUCAUCAUGGGAGUCUUCCUUCUCUUCUGGAUGCCUUUUUUCACCGUCAACAUCGUGGACCCUUUUAUUGAGUACAGCACAGAGGUGCUCAUCUGGGAUAUAUUUCUAUGGCUGGGAUACAUUAAUUCGUCUCUAAAUCCCUUCCUGUACGGUUUCUUCAAUCGCUCCUUCCGGAAGGCAUUCCUUAUGUUCAUGGGCUUUCGGGUAUGCCGACCUGGAAUCUCCCCUGGAAUGGAACUGUCACACACCAGGAAGGAGGCAAAUGAUGCACAAUAA